CGCGGGUUUAAGGUGCACCGCUUCAACCUCAUUAGUAGCGAGAUCAGCUCAACUGACUGUCAGAUUAUUCCUGUUAGAAGAACACUAUGAAUCAAGAAAAGCUUGCCAAACUUCAGGCAGAAGUCCGGAUAGGUGGAAAGGGAACAGCCCGCAGGAAGAAAAAGGUUGUUCACAAAACGGCUACAGCCGAUGACAAAAAGCUCCAGGGCUCUCUGAAGAAACUGGCAGUGAACAACAUUGCAGGAAUAGAAGAGGUGAAUAUGAUAAAAGAUGAUGGGACAGUGAUCCACUUCAACAACCCCAAAGUGCAGGCGUCUCUGUCUGCCAACACCUUCGCCAUCACGGGCCACGCUGAGACCAAGCAGCUGACGGAGAUGCUCCCGGGCAUCCUGAGCCAGCUGGGAGCCGACAGCCUCAGCAGCCUGCGGAAGCUGGCCGAGCAGUUCCCACGGCAGUCGAUGGACAUGAAAGCAGUCAAGGAGGAAAUUGCAGAAGAAGAGGACGACGAUGUACCAGAUCUUGUGGAGAACUUUGAUGAAGCCUCAAAGAAUGAAGCAAACUGAUGAAUGCUUUUUCCUCCAUCAACCGUUUUUUUUUUUUUUUUAAACCUGCUCACGGACUCACAAAGGGCAUUUCCUCUUGUGGGGAAACGGUUGUUAAAGGUGCAAUGCAUCAUCUCUGGAGACGUGAACCGCGUCGGGUUAGCCUGCCACAACGACACAACAGCGACAUGCAGAUACAGUAGGUUUUGAUUUCAGUAGGCUGUGGACACACCGAGAAACGAGGACUCCAACUGCUUUAGAAAUAAGCUUUCUACAUGAUUAAACAUGACUAGUAUUUAAGAGAUUGUAUAUUAAAGUGAGUGACGAAUUCACUUUACAUCAUGGUGAUUUAUGAAUUUAAUAAAACAUUUUUGGGCUACUGUU